UUGUUUAGGAGACGAUUUUCAUUAAAAUAAUCUCCAAAAAGAACAUGGCAGCGGCCACAUUCGAUUAUGCGCUGGCCAGGCAGCAAUAUUCAGUUGCUAUUCAGUCAGCAUUGCCAAGCAAAGAUCUGAAAGAACUUCUAGAAUCGACAGCAUCCAUAGAUGGCAGUGACAAUGAAAAAAAGCCAGCUUUGGACCAAGCAUUUAGAGAUGUUCUGUGGAAGUUAGUUGUUGAUGAGCGCCACUACAGUGAAUAUUUGCGCCUUAUCCAACUUUCCAUCGAUGCCGUUGAAAACUCUCUUUCUUCAGCAUAUACACCUUUCUUGUUGCUAGGAGAUCUCUUUGAUACUGUUACCAUAGAGACAUGCAAGGAAGUAUUCAAGUUUGUUGAGGAACAGGUUAUGGUUUGGAAAUCUGAUACUUUCUAUAUAGCUGGUAAAAACUACAUCCUAAGAAUGUGUAAUGAUUUGUUAAGAAGAUUAUCAAAAUCACAAAACACAGUUUUUUGUGGAAGGAUUCAACUUUUCCUUGCAAGAUUCUUCCCAUUAGAUGAACGUUCAGGUCUCAAUCUCAUGAGCCAGUUUAACUUGGCCAAUGUCACUACAUUUAAUACAACUGAUUCUGAAGUCUCAUUAACAUUAGAUGCAGAUAAACCUACUAGUAUGAAUGUCGAUGUGACAGGACCAGAGGCCGGCAAGACUGAGAAACCGAUUGAUUACAUUCUUUACAGGAAAUUCUGGUCUUUACAAGAUUUUUUUCGUAAUCCUACACAAUGCUAUAAAAAAGAAAAGUGGAGACAGUUUCAGAAGUAUUCCAAGGUCGUGUUAGAUGCAUUUACUAGUCUGAAACUUGAUGCGGUUCAAGGUUCAAAAUCACGAAAACACCAAGCUCGACAGAAGCUGCAUAAACAGAGCAAAGACCAGGUCUACUUUGCAAAGUUCUUGACCAGUGAAAAGUUGUUUGAUCUUCAAAUUCAUGACUCAAGUUUCCGUCGGAGUGUUCUGGUUCAGUUCCUCAUUUUGUACCAGUACCUAAACCAAACUGUCAAAUUUAAGACGGGUACACAUGUUUUAACAGAUGAGAUGAGUAAUCAUAUAAAGGAGAGCACUGAAGUUGUUUACAUGCUCCUUAGAGAGACACCCCCUAAUGGAGAAGAAUUCGCAAAAACUGUUGAGCACAUUCUGACUCGUGAAGAGCAUUGGAAUGAUUGGAAAAAUAAAGGAUGCCCGACUUUUGUUUUGGAAAGACCUAAGGAUGGUGAAGAAGCAGCUCCUGUAAGAUCAAGGUCCAGAAAGAGAAGUAUCCGUGAGGAAAUGCUAGGGGAAGGCACCAGCAAAAGACUUGACAUGGGAAGUCCUGAACUCACCAAGCUUUGGAAUCUAUGUCCGGAUAACAUGGAAGCAUGCCGAUCAGAAGCCAGAAUAUUUCUACCAAACCUUGAAGAAUUUUUUGAAGAAGCUAUUGAGCAGGCAGAUCCAGAAGCAAUGAUUGAGGAUGAAUAUAAAGUUGUGAAUCAAAGUAACUUUGCCUGGCAGGCUGUCCGUUUACUUGCUGGAAAAUCACCACAUUUCUUCCAACCAGUGAUAGCUGAACCUCCCAUCAAGAAACUAUCCCAGUACCUCGAGUGGAUCCUAACUAAGAUAGCCAAAGAAAUGCCACAAACACUAUCAACAUCAGAGGAGAUUAAGACUGGUGAGGGAUUAGCUGAAACAGAUGAUCUACUGCAGGGAGGCGAGGAAGAAAAAAGUGAUGUUCUGACUGAGGAUCAACUGGAAGCAGUCAUUAGUAAAAUUGGCGACAACUGGAUGACCCUAGCAGGCGAGCUGUUCUUGAGUGACGAUGAUAUCUCAAAUUUGCAGACGGAACUCUCAGACGCAAAAGAGCAGGCACGACAGCUCUUGAACAUCUGGCAGGAGAGGGAAGGAACGUCAGCAACGAAGGAAGUACUGGUGGGAGCUUUACAGGAGAGUGGUUUGAAGGAUAUCGUGGAGUCUGUCUUCAGUAACUCUCAAGCAGAGAUGUAAUUGCCAUACAGUGUCUAGAAAAAAAAAUAGUCAAUGAUUGGCCCAAGUGUUGAUAGCCCACCCUUCACCCCUUGUGUAUUUUUAUUUUUAUACAUUUUAUAUUCCUUGAAAUGUGAAACUUCUCUGUGUGCAAGGCACCGUGGUCAUUGGAUACAGAAUCGACGAUGCAUGGUGUGUGACCUCCUUCGCUUCCUGGGCAGUAUUCCUUUUCAAGCGUGUAAUUCAGCCCAGUCCAAUAAACGCAAUCCUGAUCUGAGUCCUGACCUGGGUUUCCUGACCUUUAUUUGGUACAUUACAAAAAGACACAGCUAGUGAUGUUCAGUAUUGGAAUCUUUGCUUCUGCAGAGUGUUUUUCUUGUAAUGUACAUUUGCUAAUCCUCCAAAACAUCUAAUGUCUUUAAAUGUUGAGUUAAUUAUAAACGAUAGAAGAGUUAGUUAUAAACGAUAUUUGCAGUAAAAUUAGGCACUGCAAGUGUUUUCAAAAAACUCAUGCGAAUGGCCAGCUAUAGGUUUACGAAUUCCAUAGCUUAAAUUGCACAGGUAAUGCUAGAAUGAGUAUCAAUAUAUUGAACAAUCCUUCUGCCUUUCCUUGCCAUUAUUUUGCAUAAUACUGUUGGCCGUUGUUUUACAACCAUAACAUUUCAUCUUCCCAUACAUUUGCAUUGAUUGCACUGCAGAAUGUCACAUUGAUUGCAACAGAAUGUCACAUGACCACUUCUACUUUGCGGUCACCAAUUUUGCCUAUGUGUUCCAACCCAUCUACAGUACGUCCUGCCAGGUACUGAGGGGAAAAAAUAUAAACGUGUGUUGCUCAAGGGCACAAUCAUUUGUGAUCAUUCUUAAACUCAAAGCAUUUCAGCUGGUGGCAUAGAGUCUUUUAAAGAUAGAGGGUAGAAGGUAAAGGAAGUAGAACAACCUAUAACUCACGGGUCAUUGUACUAAAUUGUGUAUGGGCAUGGUCCCUGGCUGCUUAAGCAGCCAUAAGGAGGUGCUGUGUAGCUUCAUGUUCACGCAGGGGCUGAAAUGAACCAGAUCAUUAAGGAAACCCCCUACUCUUCUGAAAUACGCAACAGGUUAUUUAAAGUGCACACAAGCAAAUGGUGUACACUAGACCUGCAAUUUUCUGGAUGGUAAGUUUCACAAACCUGCAUCAAAGUUUAAGCUGUAGUUAAUGAUGCCUCUGCCUUACUGCUAAAAAACUAAAAAUACAGUUUUCCCUCCAAUUCGAGACAACAUUUGGAACCUGAAAAUGUAGAGUGGUCUUGGUUCAGUUUCCAUCCUGAGGCAUAUUAGUUGUUACUUUGAAAUAGUGGUCUCCAAAUUAAAGUGGUCUUGAAUUGGAAAGCAAACUGUACAAUGCAAUAUUUUAAUUGCAUCCCUGUAUAUUUAUGUAAGUUAUUACAAUAGCUUUCAAUUCUAAAUUAGCAUGUGAAAAAUCUUGUUUAAGUAACAGACACAUGAAUAAAUUGUAUUCUUUGCUUUGGCAUUUAAUUGACUGAUAUGGAAGACAUUGAGGGAAGGGUAAAUCACUGAAGUGGUGAGUGGAUGUGAAGCUGAUUAAUUUCGCACUAUUAAAAGGCAACACAACAUCCAUAUUUAUUUUUGGGAUGUGGGAGCUCUUGGUUUUAAAUUUGGAAGGUAAUAAAAGUAGUAAGUUACUUUGCAAACAAACAGAUGGGGGUCCGAGGUUGAAGCUCGGUUUCCAUACAAUCGCUACAGCGUUUUCACUGCAAUCCUUGCAACUGCGUAGCUGUCCUCGACGCAAUCGGAAGCGCUUCCUGAAAAAAUCUGACCAAUAAACGUCGCCGAAGGAGUCGGUGCCAACGUGUAGCGAUUUUUAUUGAAACCAGACUUUCGAAAAUGUGCAUAGGCCUAUUGGGAUACAUAUAUUUUAGAAUUUAAAUUUUCAAUUUUCGAAGUUAAACUGGAAGGAAACAAGGUCCGUUGUUGAUAAUAAUGUGUAAUUUAUGCAAAAUCAUGAUCAGGUUAAUUGAGAAUAAUUUCAAAUGUUUUUUCACUAUAAAAACUCUCCCUUAAAAUAUUACUGUUUGUGUUGGGAUUUUCGUUUUGUGUUGCCGUUUUGUCUUAACUUGUUUAUUGUCACACAACAACCUAGUAAAUACGUGGUGAAAAUGUAGAAAUUAAUUUUCAUUGCGAUAUAAACACACCUUAUCUCCUACAAGGAAAACAUACAUAGCCCUUAGGUAAUUUGACUAUAUUUUAAAAAUGUUAACGAAUACUGUUACCUCAUCAAUGAUAUGAAUAUGAGCCAAUUGUUAUCUUUCACAUCGUAUUUGCGUUUUACGAAGCAUCAUUGAGCAUAUUUUUAUGUAGAUAAACGGAUCAUUUAAACAUUUACCCACUUUACCUAUAUUAUUUUGAACCGAGUAAAUCUGAGACAUUAGGCCUAUGUACAGUUACGUAACGAUGUGUGCACGCGAGAGGGGAAAAUUCCGAGACAAGGUCAAUUAAAAUGUAUUGCCCAUUUUAA